UUAUUUCGGGAUCGGGCUUCAAUUAACUUUGAUUUUCCUGAAAUAAGAAUGAGAGAGCACGUUUUUACGAUAAUGUUCAUUUUGUCUCAAAAUAUGAUAAAUGGAAGCAUUAUAAUUUAGCACAAUUAGCAAAAGAACCCAAUAAGUAAUUAAUCGAAGAGUUUUCAAGAAUGUCGACUAAAGGAAGAUCUGGUAGAUUUGAUUUAAAGGCUCUGCUGGACCAACACAGACAGGGUUCACACAAAGAAUAUAAUGAAUUUGUCAACAUUUUAUCUGAUCCACAAACAAAGUCGGAGGACCUUAGAGUUUACCUGAGAGGGAUGAAAGACAAUGUGACAGAACUAUCAAAGGAGUUUGAAGAUUUAGUGGCAGUUCUAUUGAAGUUGGACUGGCCCUGUAGAGACCUGUCCGUCGUUCGAGAGUAUCAGUCCCUUCUCCUGGGGCUCAUCUGUGCCCAUACAUACUAUCUGAGGGCCAGUCUCCGCAUGCUGGUCAAGUGCUUCUCACCAGUCAUCAGCAAGUCGGACUCAGACUCGGAGGAGGUGAGUGCGGAGACUCGACAAAAACAUGAGGCACUUUUCCUGAAUGUCCACUUGGUACUCCAGGCCAUCCUGAGUUCUGUCCCAAUGUCGUCGACUCUGCUAGUGCCGCUACUACACGAUUUGUUUCCAUUCAUUGGGAGGACUGCCUACGUACUGGAAUGUUACACUAGGAACCUGCUACAGAUCACCAGCUAUAUCCCCAAUCUCAGGCAGAAAAUUCUGGAGUUGGUUGUAGAUAGGAUGCUUAAACUUGAUGUUCGGGCUCCACGACAGGACAUACAAGAAACGGAAGGUGAUGAGGAGGACAUGGAAGAGGGCAUUGUGUUUGAUAUGGAUAUUGAACAAGACUUAACCAGAGAUCCAGAGAAUAAAGAUGGCAGCACUUUCAACAGAAAAUGUUCAGAUAAACCUAUGACACACAAAGAAGCAAACAUACUCGAUAUCUGUAUGGAAAUGACCCUGACUUACAUAUCUAAUGUCUGCUACACUAAUGGUGAGUGUAAUUGGGACGCCACAAAGAGGCUGUACAGGGAAAUACUGCUGGUGUUUGACCGUCUCAUCCUUCCAACCCACGCAUCCUGUCACGUCCAGUUCAUCAUGUUCUAUCUCUGUAGUACCAAACUGCCAAUUUGUGAAGGUUUUAUAGACUACUUGUGGAAAAAGGUCCAGAACCCCAACACAGAGAGCGUGUUCAGACAGGCAGCAGUGGGCUAUAUUGGAAGUCUGCUUGCUAGAGCCAUAUUUGUUCCCCUCAGUACCGUGACAGCUUGCCUGGACCUGAUGUGUGAGUGGGUACACCUGUACCUAGACAACACGAGUGAGGAGGUGGUGAAUGCAGACGUCCACCAUCACGGCCCGUUCUACUCCGUCUGUCAGUCCGUCUUCUACGUCUUUGUUUUCAGGAGCAGAGAAAUCUUUGAAAUGAAGAAAGGUCACAAGUGGGCGGAGAGUCUGAACUUGCAGCGAAUCGUGACGAGUCGGUUAAACCCCCUGAGGGUGUGUCUACCAGUCAUUGUCAAAACAUUCUCCUCAAUAACAAGAAUGCAUCAGCUGGCUUUCUGUGAUACGAUUAUCGAGCGUAACAAGCGUUGUAUAUUACCAGUGACCAGUAACACACUAGGGUCGCCUGCUGUCGUGGCACUUGACUCAUACUUCCCCUUUGAUCCAUAUCUUUUGAACAGGUCUGGCCGUUUCAUUAUUCCUCACUACAGGGAGUAUCAGGGUUGUAUUGAAGAGGACCAAGAACUUUCUAAUGAUGAAGAUGAUUUCCUCCAAGAGGAACCCUCCUCCACUAGCGAGCCCAUACCCAACAGUAUGUCGCUUGGCAAAACACCCACGGACUUUAUGCAGUACGGCAUUUCUCCGGGCUUCAAGCACAUCCAGGAUGUCACCUGAGCAUUUGACUGUCUGAUCUACUGAUGUGCAAUACUUCAUGUCAUUGAAUGACUCGAAGAACUUUUUAGAUUACCCAAGUCACUCAGGUGACUAUUGCCAAUGGUUCGAGUCCGUCGUGUGUCAUGUGUUAACAAUUGAACAUUCUUAUUCCUUCUUGAUAGCUAUCAUUCCAAUUCUUUUCAAAUUUGGUAUGAAGUAUCUUUGGGACAAGGGGGACAUAAAUUGUAAAUUUCAGGACUCCUGCACCCAUGGGGCCUUAGGGGCAAGAGAAAAACUGUCAAAAAUUGACACAAUUAUCAAAAAAAAAAUCUUCUUUGCAACUGCAUAUCUGUGAAAAGGUAAAUGCAUAGUUAUGUAGAACAAGAAACCUCUACCUAAAAUUGUAAUUUUCUUGAGAGGAAUUCCGACUCCAGGGUGGGACCAAACUUGGUACAUGUAGAUAGUAUUUAUGUGUAAAACAUGUACAGUAAAUAACAUCUUUCUUAAUUCUAUUUAUACUAAAUUGAUACUUAGAAGGAGCAGGUAGUCCUAUACCAAAAUUGUCAAUUUCAGGGUCCCAGGGGUAGGGUUUUGAUACCAGGGUGGGGCUAAAAUGGUCAGUGUGUGUUAACUAUUAAACAUUUUUUUAUUUUUAACUUUUUGAUAAAUGCCCUUCCAAUUCUUUCUGAAUUUGGUAUGAAGCAUCUUUGGGACAAGUGGGACAUAAAUUGUAAAUUUCAGGACUCCCGGGGCCUAGGGUUGGGACAAAAUUUGACCAAUUUUCAAAAAACAUUUUUCAGAAAAACUAAAUGCAUAGUCAUGUAGAGCAGAAAGGCCUGUACCAAAAUUGUAAAUUUCAUGAUCCCCUGGGUAAAGGUUCUGAUUCCAGGGCAGGGCCAAACUUGGUAUAUAGUGUAUUUGUAAAGCAUUUAAGUAACAUCUUUAAAAUUCUAUUGAUACUUUAGAAUUGACAGUAAAUAUAUAUUUAGAAUGAGAAGGUAGCCCAUAACUAAAAUUGUAAAUUUCCUGAUCUCAAGGGUGGGCCAAUAUUAUCAUUGUGAUUAUUGUCUGUUUCAUUGGAAAGACAUCAAGUUUGCUGAUAAAAUGUAAAACUUUAGGAAAAGGAUGUACCAAGAUUGUGAAUUUAGCAACCCCAGGGUUCUGACUCUAGGGUGGGUCCUAAAUAGUCAUAGAGUGUUAAUAUAAUAUAUAUUAUGUAAAGUCUUUCAUCAGUAUUGGCACUUUCGGGGCAUUUGUGUUUUAAGAACACAUCUUGUUUUAUACAGCUGCUAAAUUUGAGAAUUUAGCUUGAUUAUAAUGCAAGAUCAAAAAAUUAUUCUACAUUUCAUAGGCCUUGGGGCCAGUGAUACAUUUAACUAAUACUCUGGUGACUGACAAGCCUGUGGGUAUUUUAUAUAAGUAAUACAUACAUGUCUGCUCGACAAGGAAGCAUUGGUUUGUACAUGCAAGUGCUGUAUGUGUAUGUUUACAUGUAAAGGGGAGUUUUGUUACUCUCUGUGGGACGGGUGUGCAUUUAUAUGACGAGCGAGUGCUGUAUGUGUAGAUUUACAUGUAAAGGUGAGUUUUGUUACUCUCUGUGGGACGGGUGUGCAUUUAUAUGACGAGCGAGUGCUGUAUGUGUAGAUUUACAUGUAAAGGUGAGUUUUGUUACUCUCUGUGGGACGGGGAGCCGGAAGCUACUGGUCAUGUGACUGACACUGCGUCAUGGAGAAGAGAUUUGAAUUACAUGUAUGUUGGAAUUCGGAAUGAAAUCCUAGCAUGGUGAAUUGUUACGUACUGUUACAAAUUUUUAAUUUAUAUUGAUCUAUUUUGUUAUGGCUGAGUAAACUGUGUUGUGUGUUCUUCCUUUAAGGGAGUCAUACUGUUAUUGUGAAAAAUAAAUGAAUUGUUUUCAGAGUCCAA